AUGCAGUGCGGUGACGAAUAUGUACGAGAUACUGGAAGACCUUUGUGUGUCCGAGUUGGCAAAGUUGGCAAAGAACACCUAAACGGCAAAGCGAAAUCACGUGACUCCACUGCGUUUGGUUGUCAUAGGUUGUGGCGUUAUGACGGAGAAGAUUUCGAGGUUAGGAUAACGAUUGUGCCACGCGAAAGCUCUGCAAGCGUUUUGGAUCCAUUCCAAGAGCCGAUUUCAAGAACGAAUAUGAAUGUCAAAGAGGAAUGGCGCUAUAUUACGCGGAAACUCGCUCCCUAG